CUAUUCAAGUUUGAACCCAUAAAAAAAUCAUGAACUUCGAUGUUUAUUUUAAGGUUGACAUUGAACAAAUCGAAAGCUCGAGAUUCUAUACAAGAAUCAAUAACUUCAUUAUUUCAACAUGUUAAUACAUUAAAUUCAGCUGUAUCUAGUCAUAUUGUAGCAUAUCAACGAGCAAGUGAAUUAAAUCGAAAAUUAAAUUAUCAAAAAUCCGAAGAAGAAAUACAAGUAACUGAAAAUUCAUCGAUAAUAUUUGAAGAAGAAUUAGAAAUAAAUGAUUUUCCACAAAAGGUUCGGUCGAAAAUUAUACGCAAAGAAACAUUAGCACAUAUAUGUGAAUGUGCUGUGUGA